AUGGUGGAUGAGAAACCUAACAACUGGGAUCUGUACCUGGAUGCAGUAAUGUUUGGACUGCGCACAAAAAAGCAGUUAACCACACGGUUCUCCCCAUUCUUUUUGAUGUUCGGGAGAGAAGCACGUUAUCCUGCUGAGGUGCCAGAGGACUAUCAGGUUGAUGCUACUGUUGAGAAUGUGCUUUCUGAAGAAUUGGUGGCAAUUGACAUUGAGAGGCAUGACAGAAUCCUGAACAUUGUCCAGGAGAAUGUGGAAGGAGUUCAGGAGAGAACAAGAAAAAGGCUGCAGUCAAAACUCCCUCAGCAAAAUCUUCAGGUGGGGGAUGUAGUUCUGAGAAAGAAUAUCCGCAGCCAGCAACGAAAAGGAGGAAAGCUUGACCCAGAAUUCCUCGGCCCCUUUACUAUCACCAAAGUAGCAGGAAAAAGCAUUGACCUUGUUGACUCCAAUGGAAAAGCCAUCCACAAGGUUAACAUUGAUCAUUUAAAACUGUACAAUGAACAGACCCCGAGGAUACCACAAAAGUUAAAAGGGCAUCAUGAUGUAUUCACCACUGCCAGCCUCCACCCUUCUGUCAUCUCUUCUCCAUUAUCCACUGUUCAACCUGCUGUUCAACCUGCUGUUACCACCUCCCCACCUACUUCCACCUCUUCUCUACCAGUUCCAGUCACAUCCUCUCCACCUCCUGUCAUCUCCUCUCCACCUUCUGGAACCAUCUUUGCUCAAACAUCUGUCUCCUCCUUAGAAAAAUGUGUGAAAGAGGCUUGGGAAGGAAAAAAUGUUCAUGUCCUUCUGUCAAAAAUUGGACCAUACAAAUUGUUUUAUUGGGACAUCGCCAACCUAGCACCCAAUCAACAGGUUGAAAGUGAGGUGAUCAAUGCUUAUCUGAAGCAUAUUGUUCACAAGAAAAAUCAAGAACAUGGAGGCAAACAGGCACUAUACAUUGAUUCUUUUGAAAUGACUGGUAUGUGGCAGGGGAAGAACACAAAACUGAAGUGUGACCCCAAUAACUUUCAAGUGAUUCUGGGAGCUGUAAACGAGCCAAACCACUGGAUACUGACAGCAUUUUUUCCACAACAAAAAAGGAGUUUGGUGCUUGAUUCUCUUGGAAACGCCUCCACAAAAUUAGUCACAUGUGAAAGGACAGCAAGAGCAUUCAUGAGAAAGCGAGGGUGUGAGGUGUCCACAUGGACAACAGAAACGGUUCCUCAUGCAUUACAGACAGAUGCUGUGUCAUGUGGAGUGUUUGUGCUGAAAUACGCUGAGAAUAUUCUGGCAGAGGAGCCACUGACAUUUACUAAUUCAAAAUCAGCUGUUCAGACUUACAGAUGGGAGGUGGCAAUGACUUUGCUCAAGGAGACAGAUAAUCUCGAAGAUGUGUGCCACUACUGUGGAGAAAAAAGUGGAGAAACAGAAAAAAGCAAACGUGGGAAAAAAAAGAAAGGGCAAGCAUGCAAUACUGUCUGGUUACCCAACCCACUCAUUAGGACUCCCCCUAAUACUAGUGAUGCCCCAACACACCAGGAGGAUGAAGACCAACCCCCCCCUUUCUCUGACAGGUGAAGUCAGACUCUGCCUAUUUUUGAACAGCUGCUGAUGCAGCAUUGCCAAGUAGCAUCAUCAGCUCACAGACGCCUUGUGCUGAUCGAAAUCAUCCUUUGGAGUGAUGAGGGGAAAGAGUGCCAUGUACCCACCCAGAGAGAGCAAGGCCAAUUUUGCUGCCUGAGGGUUCCGGUAGCUAAUGGCAACUACAUAAACAGGAUUUGAACCGGCGAGCUCCUGGUCAUAGAGGCAGUGCAAAGCCUGCUGGACCACUCGGAGGCCAUCACUAUGUUUUGUUUUGACAGAAAGGUUUGUGUUUAUGUGUAUGUAUCUUUUGCAUGUUUUCCCAUUAUUUGAGCUUGAUUAUUAUGUAGACUUUGCAAUAAAUAAGUAUUUUCAA